CCCGGACAAGGCUGGCGCCGCUUGGGGCCGUCAUUCUGUGGUCUGCAAUGGCGGACUCGGUUUCUUGUGUGGGUGUGCUGGGGUUGCUACUUGUGUCUGCACUGCCCGGGGUCCUCGGAGACCGCUCCAGCCCCGACCUCCGGGCACACCCAGGAGACCCCUUCCAGGUCGGCCCUGAGGCCGCGGAACCCCGGCGACGGCCGCCGCCCAAGGACCAGCGCGAGCGGGCCCGGGCCGGGGCUCUGCCUCUGGGGGCGCUGUACACCGCAGCUGUCGUGGCUUUUGUGCUGUACAAGUGUUUGCAGGGGAAAGAUGAGAAUGCUCUUCUCCAAGAGGAGGCAGGCAAGAAAGAAUCACUGCAGUCAGAGCAACAGUUGGCCCAGUUGACACAACAGCUGGCCCAGACAGAGCAACACCUGAACAAUCUGAUGGCCCAGCUGGACCCCCUUUUUGAGCGUGUGACUACCCUGGCUGGAGCCCAGCAGGAGCUUCUGAACAUGAAGCUUCAGACCAUCCACCAGCUGCUACAAGAGAGCAAGCCAAACAAGGGUGUGGAGGUUCCAGAACCAGGUAAAAGGUUGGGAGGUGAGAGUCUGGUGGAGGUAGCGACCGUUUCUGAGACAGGAAUAUUCCCGAUCUUUCCCCUCACAGAGGCCGGCAUACCCUUUCCUGAGGACUUAUGUAUAGAGGAGGAGGAGGAGGAGGCUGGUGACAGUCAGGCCUGGGAGGAGCCCUUGAACUGGAGCACAGAGACAAGGAACCUAGCUCCUCCCUGGGAAGUGGAGCAGGGGCUAAGGAGAAGAUGCAGCAAGGCUGUGGGAAGGGCCGCGGCCCCAGUCCCCGCCUGGGAGGAGGAACGACAGCUGAAGGUUUAG